UUGUCUGUCAAGGAUUCGCGCUAAAUGUUGAAAAGCGUUCACUUCAUUGAGCGCGUUUAAUCAGCAUCGCAAAAACGAUACCAGCUACUAAACAAUUCUACUCUAACGGACUCAAGAGUAUCAGGAUGACUACCCAGAAGAAUGCCCCUGUGGACCGAGGCUGUGCUGUGGCCGUCAUCAUCUUUAUCCUGGGACUGGGGACACUGCUGCCAUGGAACUUCUUCAUCACCGCCACUGAGUAUUUCGACGACCGCCUCAAAGGGACCCCGUCAAGUUACGGAACGACCCCAGUAACUAAUGGAACGACCCCAGUUACGAAUGGAACGACCCCAGUUACUAAAGACUACGAAUUUGCCAGCUUUAUGACCCUUCUAUCCCAGCUGCCCCUGCUCCUCUUCACCCUAGCCAACUCGUUCCUGUACCAGUGUAUCAGAGAGAAGGUCCGGAUUGCUGUCAGUCUGGUCUCCAUCCUCUGCCUCUUCCUCCUCACGGCCAUUAUGGUCAAGGUGCCCAUGCAGCCCGACAGCUUCUUCUCUAUUACCAUGGCAACUAUCUGGUUCAUCAACUCUUUUGGAGCUGUGCUCCAGGGCAGUCUGUUUGGGCUGGUAGGAAUGCUCCCCCCGAAGUACAGCACAUUGUUUAUGAGUGGUCAGGGACUGGCAGGGAUCUUCGCUGCUCUGGCCAGUCUGCUCUCUAUCCUCAGUAAAACAGACAAGGCCAGUGCUGCUCUUGGGUACUUCCUAACCCCCUGUUUGGCAACACUGAUCACCCUGCUCAGCUACUUACUACUGCCACACCUGGAGUUUGCCCGGUUUUACUUUGAGAAAAGUCAAAGUCACCAUGACCAACUGGCGACCUCAAGCGAGCCUCUCAAAAGUGCAGACAAAGAAAAAGAAGCUUUGGCCAAUGGUGACCUGAAUGGCUACAACAAUAAACCCAUAAUAACAAAUGGUGAUUUUGAGGCCAGUGGGACCAAAGAAGCCCUGUCCAUGACGAAACAGACUGACAGUCACACCAGGUCAUCUGUCCUGGCAGUCUUCAAAAAGAUUUGGGUGAUGGCCCUCUGUGUGACGUGUGUGCUGGCUGUCACACUGUCGGUUUUCCCCGCUGUCACAGUGAAAGUGAAGAGUGUGUAUGGAAACAAGGAGUGGGACCGAUACUUUCUCUGUGUCUGCUGCUUUGUCGUCUUUAACGCCAUGGACCUGAUUGGCCGCAGUGUCACCUCUAUGGUUCAGUGGCCCUCAAAGAGAAGCCGUCUGUUGCCAGUGCUCGUGGUGUCCCGUGUGGUCUUCAUCCCUCUCAUUAUGCUGUGUAACACUGACAACCGUCAGUACCUGCCAGUCCUGUUCUCCCAUGACGUUGCCUUCGUUGCCAUCAUGACAUUAUUCGCCGUGUCCAAUGGAUACUUCAUCUGUCUCUGCAUGUCCUACGCACCUCAGUUGGUGAGGKCUAAAGACUGUGAGACAGCAGGGGCCUUGAUGACCUUYUUCCUGGCUCUGGGUCUSUCUCUAGGGGCAGCCCUCUCCUUCCUGCUGAGGAACCUGCUUUAGAGAACACUACCUUCUACAUACCGCUCUAACCAAACUAAGUCUGGUUACACUCUUAUAAAAAUAGACUGUUAUCUUGAACCUAAAAGGGUUAUCCAUCUGUCCCCAUAGGAGAACCCUUUGAAGAAGCCUUUUUGAAUCCAGGCAGAACCC